AUGGUUGAUAAUGCAGCAAUGGUAAGGGCAGAUGGCAGCCCCUGGUGCUACCAGUCUCAGAAGAAGAAACAGCCACACUGUGAAGAACCUCGAGACUGGCAUCGAAUCGAUGCCACCUGCAAAGGAAGCAAACAGUCACCUAUCAACAUUGUCACCAAAAAUGUUGUUUAUGACAAAAGCCUUAAGCCACUGAAUUUUGAAGGAUAUGAUGUGAAGGGGUCUUCAAAAUGGAAUAUAGAAAAUAAUGGACAUACAGUUAAAGUAACACUAAGCACAUCCCCUAAAAUUGGAGGUGGAGGCCUGGGAAGAAAAUACAAGGCGAUAGAAUUUCAUUUGCACUGGGGAGUCCAACUUGAGGUUGUGCCACAAUAUCUGCCUGGGUCAGAGCACAGCAUAGAUGGAGAAAAACAAGCCAUGGAGCUUCAUAUCGUCCACAUAAGAGAAGAUGUUUCAGAUAUAACAGAAGCAAAGAAAAAAGCAGAUGGUGUGGCUGUGUUAGCGUUCUUUGUAAAGGCUGAAAAAGAGAAUAAAAACUACACAACCAUCAUCGAUGAAUUAGAGAAUAUUAGAUACAAAGGGGGAAGGGCAGAGAUGGAGCCUUUGCCACUGAGUUCCCUUCUCCCACCUGAGAAAGACCUUGGAAGGUACUAUCGGUACGAGGGGUCCCUCACCACCCCCGACUGCCACGAGGGUGUCAUCUGGACCAUAUUUGAGAAGCCAGUUGAACUCAGCAUUUUCCAGAUUCAUCAGUUUUCAACCAUCUACUUUGAUGAGAAGAACUCAACCCCCAUGGCCGAAAACUUCCGACCCGUCCAGUUUCUGCACCAGCGGAGGGUGUACUGGUCCAGUGCCAGCAGCACCCUCCUGGCCCCUGCUGAGCUCCUGACCGUGCUCCCACUUACCUACACCCUGAGUUCUCUCUUCCAGUGA